AUGGCGGUUAAUAUCCCUUCAUCUCCUGCUGGAAAGCAGGACUUCCGUGUCCCGCCUCUCCUGCACACUCGUUCUGGCAACGAGUUCUACGAUCGCCCGCAGACGCCAUCUCAAAGCGGUUUCACAAGCCCCUUCAGCACUCCUCAGGGCAGCCCAAGCAAGAAUCGUCUUCCUCCCGGCGCAAGAGAUCUCCCCAGCGUAUUCGAUCAAGCCAUGAAACUCACGCCGCCCUCCCCGUCCAAGUCAGCGCUCAAUGUGCCGUCGUUAUCGCCUACGAAAGCUGCGCCAUCGGGUGUUCACGAGGAUCUACCCUCCUUCAGCGAAAGUGUCAUUCACAGCAAAGACAACACGAAUCAAGCUCGGAAAUUAAAUAAGGAGAACACACCUACUAAUAGUCUGCGAUUUGGCAGAGACCCGGCUGUCAACACAAACCAGGCAGCGGUCUCACGCCAGGAGCCAUAUCAAACCAGGCCAGCAAGCAGAAGAGGCCAAUCCCACCUUCGUGGUCUCACAACAGAUGAACUAGAAAAGCUACAGCUCCCGAAUGUGAAACGACUUGCGAAUGUGACUCAACUUUACUUCCUGGAUCAUUAUUUUGAUCUAUUGAGUUACGUGCAUAAUCGCCAGACGCGCCAUGCUCAAUUCAAAGCUGCUUAUCCUCUCCCUCCAGAAACCCCUACCGAAGAAUACGAAGCCGCUUUACAAAAAUACCUUGGCCGCGAGCGCGCCAAUCUACGCAAGCGUCGGACCAGACUUCGACAUAACGAUUUCCAAAUUCUUACUCAAGUUGGACAGGGCGGAUAUGGUCAGGUGUACCUUGCACAAAAGAAAGAUACUCGUGAAGUGUGCGCUUUGAAGGUGAUGAGCAAAAAGCUUCUAUUUAAAUUAGACGAGAUCAGACACAUCUUGACAGAAAGAGACAUCCUCACAGCCGCCAAGAGUGAGUGGCUAGUGAAGCUCCUUUACGCUUUCCAAGACGAUGAACAGAUAUAUCUUGCCAUGGAGUACGUUCCUGGAGGUGACUUCCGUACGCUGCUUAACAAUACCGGUGUCCUUCACAAUCGCCAUGCCCGAUUCUACAUUGCUGAAAUGUUUUCAUGUGUCGAUGCCCUUCACGUCCUUGGUUACAUUCACCGGGACCUCAAGCCAGAAAACUUCCUAAUCGAUUCAACUGGACAUGUGAAAUUGACCGAUUUCGGAUUAGCCGCCGGAAUGCUUAAUCCCGGCAAAAUCGAAUCAAUGCGUGUCAAAUUAGCAGAAGUCGGAAACACAAAUGUUCCCUUUGGUAGGCCGAUGGAGCAGCGUAGUGCGGCAGAAAGACGAGAGGGUUAUCGUUCACUACGACAACGCGAAGUUAACUACGCGAAAUCUAUUGUCGGAUCUCCCGAUUACAUGGCUCCUGAAGUCCUGAAGGGGGAGGAAUAUGAUUUCACAGUUGACUAUUGGAGCUUGGGCUGUAUGUUAUUCGAGGCUCUAGCUGGGUACCCUCCGUUUGCGGGAGCAACUGUCGACGAAACCUGGCAGAAUCUCAAGCGGUGGCAGAAGGUCCUGCGGAAACCCCAGUAUGAGGACCCGAACUACUUUUUGUCAAGGCGUACCUGGGACCUCAUCGUUCGCCUGGUAGCUGCCAAGGAACAACGAUUUAAGAACAUCAGGGAGAUCCACGAGCACGAGUAUUUCGCAGAGGUGGAUUUCAGCACAUUACGAGAGCAGAAAGCUCCGUUUGUCCCUGAGUUGGACUCGGAAACUGACGCAGGCUACUUUGAUGACUUUGGGAGUGAGGCGGAUAUGGCCAAGUAUAAGGAAGUACAUGAUAAGCAGAAGGCUCUGGAGGAGAUGGCGGAUAGAUCCGACCCAAUGAGCAAGGGUUUAUUUGUCGGCUUCACUUUCAAGCAUCGCAAACCUGCUAUCGAUAGCGAUGGCCGAAGCACUCCUCGGAAACCCAUCCUCACCGAUGGAGGUUUUGGGACCAUAUUCUAAACGUAUCUGAGUCACGC